AUUUCCUUAUUCUGCAUCCCUGCAUCUCUUCCUAAAAGAACUUAAAUCAUUGCAUAUCUCUGACAGCCUCUGCCUGUUAUCUCUUCUCUUACUUUCUCCUUGUCUCUAGCUCUCUGCAUCCUAAACUAUACCAUGCUCAGUUACAGCCUGGAACGGUCUAUGGGCCCUGUCACAUACCGCAGGCCCCCCGGGGACCACUACCUCCACUCCAGUUCUAUCUCUCAAACCCACAGUGGUAGCAGCAGCUUUCAGUCCCACUCUCGGAGCCGACGUAGUGCACCAUCUUACCGUGAGAGCCAUGAACCCUCCAAUGGACCCAGAGAUGAAAAGGAGGCCUUGCAUGGACUGAAUGAGAGAUUUGCUGGAUACAUAGAAAAGGUGCGGAGACUGGAAGAGCAAAACAGUAGUUUGCAGCAAGAGGCAACAGCUUUGCGGAAGCAGCAGGCUGGUAUAUCUGCCAUCGGACAGCUAUACGAGAGGGAGAUUCAAGAUAUGCGCAACCAGCUCCUGACAAUUAACUCUGAAAAUGGACAGGAACAUCUUGAAAGAGACAGACUGAAUGAAGACAUUGAGUUGCUGAGUAUGAAAACCCAAGAAGAGGAAAGGCUGAAGGAAGAGGCUCUGGCUGCUGAGAGGGCACUGAGGCAGUUCAUGCAGGAGUGUAGCCUGGAGAGAGAGCAGCUGGGCAGAAAGGUGCAAGCUCUGGAAGAUGAGGCAGCCCAUCUGUGCAAGUGCCACCAAGAUGAUGUGGGGGAGAUGCUAAGGCAGAUACAAGGAAGUCAGGUAACAACACAACAAAUGGGAGAAGUGCCCAGCUUGGAGCUGGCAUCAGCCCUAAAGGAGAUAAGGGCUCAGCUCGAAGGUCAUAUCGGUAAAGACAACUUGCAAACACAAGGCUGGUUUCAAGUGCAGCUGAACAAAUUGAACGAGGCCUCCCAAGUGAAUACCCAGGCCAUACGUUCAGCCAGUGAUGAGAUUACCAAUUAUCGCCACCAGUUGCAGAGCCAGAUCACCCAGUUGGAAGUUUUGAAGAGUUCUCAGCAAUCGCUGGAAAGACAAUGCUUGGACAUGGAAGAUCGCCAUCAAGCUGAAAUGGCAUCCUACCAGGAUACCCUGCAGCACGUGGACAAUGAGCUAAGGACCACAAAAUGGGAAAUGGCUGCUCAGAUCAGAGAAUAUCAAGAUCUUCUUAAUGUCAAAAUGGCCCUUGACAUUGAAAUAGCUGCCUACAGAAAACUAUUAGAAGGUGAAGAAUGUCGACUUGGUUCUGGAUUUGAUCCUUUUUCAUUUGACCAAAGGAUUCCUCGUGGGCCAAGUACUCCAAAACACAUCAAAGUAAAAAAAGAGAAAAAGAUUAAAAUUGUGGAAAAAUCAGAUAAAGAAACAGUUAUUGUAGAAAAGCAAACAGAAGAAACCCAUGUAACUGAGGAAGUGACUGAAGAAGAUGAAGUAGUUGGCACUCCUGAAGAAGAACAGGAAGAGGAAAAAGAGAAAACACCUUCUGAAGAACAAGAGGAAACAGAAAGUAAGGAAGAAGAACAGGAAAAAGAUAGAGAAGAGGAACAGGAGGGUGAGCAUGAUGCAGUGGAGGAAGAAGAGGAGACUAAAGACAAGCAGGAGGAGGAUUCUGCUGAGAUUGAAGAGGAAGAGGUAAAAGAGGCUGAGGAACCAAAGGAUAAAGACUUGGAUAAAAAAGAAGAAAAUAAACCCAUUAAGGUGAUAGAUAAAGGACCUGAACUAAAGAUAAAAGAGGUGGAACCAAAAGAGAAACCAGUUAAGAAAGAGGACAAGGUAGAACCAGCAAAAAAAGAAGAAAGGGCUGGUACGGAAGGGAAGGGCGAAAAGGCAAAGACAGAAGACAAAGAGGCAAUGAAGAAAGAGGAUAAAGGGGAACCAACAAAGAAAGAGGAGAAGGAGCCUUCCAAGAAAAAUGAACAAACAAGCAUUGAACAAAAGCCAGAACCUGCCCAGAAAGAGGAAAAAGGAGAACCAAAAAAGGAAGAGAAGAAGGAAGCUGCCAAAAAAGAAGACAAAAAGAAGCAAACCAAAGCAGAUGAGAAGCCUGAGCCAGCAAAAAAAGAGGAAAAGGGAGAACCAAUAAGAAAGGAGCAGAAGGACCCUGCCAAGAAAGAGGAAAAAGGAGAACCAAAAAAGGAAGAGAAAAAGGAGGCUGCCAAAAACGAAGACAUAAAGGAGAAAACCAAAGCAGAUGAGAAGCCAGAGCCAGCAAAAAAAGAGGAAAAGGGAGAACCAAUAAGAAAGGAGCAGAAGGACCCUGCCAAGAAAGAAGAAAAAGUAGAUACAAUAAAGAAAGAGGAUAAGGAAGCUGCAAAAAAAGAAGAAAAGAUGGAGCAAACCAAGACUGAAGAAAAGCCAGAGCCAGCCAAGAAAGGGGAAAAGGGAGAACCAAAAGUCGAGGAAAAGCCAAAACCAGCGAAGAAAGAAGAAAAAGAUGAAGCAUCAAAAAAAGAGCCUGCCAGAAAAGAUGAAAAGAAGGAAGAAGCCAAGACUGAAGAAAAGCCCGAGCCAGUCAAGAAAGAAGAAAAAGUAGAACCAAAGGAGAAAGAGCAGAAGGGGCCUGCCAAGAAAGAAGAAAAACCAGAACCAACCAAAAAAGAGUCAUCCAAGAAAGAAGAUGUUCCUAAAAAAGAGGAGUCGGCUAAGAAAGAUGAAAAAGAAAUAUCCAAAAAAGACAAGAUUUCUAAACAAGAGGAGAAGGGGACAGCCAAAAAAGAAGAGAAAGCAAGUAAGAAAGAUGAGCUUAUCAAAAAAGAAGAUAAGCAGGAAGCAGCCAAGAAAGAGGAGUCUCCAAAAAAAGAGGAAACAAAAGUAUCCCCAACUGAAGAGGAACAGAACCCACCAGAGAAGGUAGAAAAAAAGGAAACUAUAAAGAAGGAAGAAAAACAACAACCACUUAUUGAAGAAAAUAAAGAGGUUUCAAAAAAGGAGGUUGCAGUUGACAAGAAGGAAAAAGGAGAACCAGCCCAAAAAGAAGAUAAGGAAACCCCCAAGAAAGAAACCAAGGAAUCUGCAAAAAAAGAAGACAAGCCAGAGCCUGCAAAGAAACAAGAGCCUUCUAAAAUAGAUGAGAAAGUAGAGACUCCUAAGAAGGAAGAGAAAAAAGAACCAACUAAGAAAGAAGAUGACACAAAAAAAGCAGCAGAGUCAGCAAAUAAAGAGGUAAAGGACAAGUCUACUAAAAAGGAAGAACCUUCUAAGCAAGAAGAAAAGAUAGAACCUCCAAAGUCAGAAAACAAGGAGCAAGUAAAAGACAAAGAACCAGCCAAGAAGGAAGAGAAAUCACCCAAAGUAGAGGUGAAAACACCAAGUAAGGAGCCUGAGAAGCAGCCUAAACUGGAUGGGAAGCCAACUAAGGAUGAUGUAAAGAAGUCAGCCAAGGUAGAGGAAAGCACACUAGCAAACGAUGAAGAAAAAAUACCUUCCAAGGCAGAAAAGUCACCAAAAAAAAUUGAGGAAAAGAAGGAGCCAUCUAAAGACAAUGUACCACUCAAGAAAGCAGAAAAAGAGCCCACCAAGACUAAUACAGAAGUAACAAAAAUAGAAAAGCAACCCUCCAAAGAAGAAAAAUCAAAAGAAGAUAGUCCAAAGAUCACAGAAAAGGAUCCUGUUGGCGGAAACACAAAAUCAAAGACUGAGAAAAUAGAAAAAUCCUCUGGUACAGAUCAGCUGGAAAGUGAAUCCACUCAGGGAGCAAAAAGUGAGAAGUAAACCAAUUUUUAAAACGCAAUGCAAGCUGAGGGUGCUAACCACCAAUCAGGCCAACAGAGGCCACAGGGUCUUACUCUGGAUCUGUCAACCUCAGAGACUUUGAUUUGAAAUGGUGGACCCAACUAUGCCGCAGUUCAGUUUGGACAUUAAGUUAACUGCUUACUAGAGUGAUCAGGAGCAGCCUUCACUCUUUCUCAAUUUCUCUGGUGCAGUGGUUCAACCCUAUCCUUAAGAAACCUCAACACGUCUGUGUUAUCAUGUGAACACUAAGAGGGAAUAAUUUAAAAAGGAGAGAUUAUAUGAAUGAUAUUGCAUUGCUUUCUCCUUUUGUGCAAAUAAGACAUUUGAGUACACAUAUGAUAUAGGGACAGUUUGCAAAGAAUGUUAAGAGGUUAAACAAUUUGAUCAGUACGGUAUAUGAAAUAUGUAUAUGUGACAAUAAAAAGGGAAAUACUGUAUAUCUGGAGCAAGUAAAAUACUGAUCAAUAAACCACGGAUCAAAAGAGUGGUAAACAGAUUUAAAUGGAAAUAGACGUUUAGGAAAGUAUAGAAAAAUGUUGAAUUAGAAUAAUAGGAAAAGAAGUGGAGGAGAAGGGAUUGCACCAUUAAAGGAGGACAUGCAAAUCAGGGAAGAAGUUAUGUGCACAUUAUUAGGUUAGUAUGUUUCACACCCAAAAUUGCCUCUAUUUUUCGCACUUUACAUGCACUACAAUUGAUAAGAAUUUCUGGAGCCAGCAAGAAAGGACCUGACAAUGCAGGUUCUUUUUAAAAACAUGUUAUAAACCACAUUAUGCUGAUUCACCCCCCCCCCCCAUAACUGAGUUAGUU